UUCAUUUUAGAACAGUGAUUCACUACAAUCAGAACAACAAUGUCUUGUUCAAUGUUUAUGAGGUAUGUUCCUGUUUCUCUUUUCAUUCCUAAGUUCAGUCCUUUCCAAUUUCCAAACCCUACUUUUCUUAAUUCUUUUUUCUACUCAUCCUCAACUCAAUUUGAUGAUAUAGAUGCCAUUUCUUUGUUCAAUCACUUACUCCAUAAGAAUCCAACCCCACCCACCAUUGAAUUUGGAAGGAUUUUAGGUUCCAUUGUCAAGGCUAAGCAUUUCCACACUGCUAUUUCACUUACUCAACAAAUGGAAUUUAGGAAUAUUAAACCUGACUUUGUAACUUCCAACCUCUUGAUCAAUUGUUUCUGUCAAUUGGGUCAUAUCAAUUUUGCUUUAUCUGUAUUGACCCGGAUUCUCAAGAGGGGUUUUAACCCGAAUGCCAUAACUUUGAAUACACUCAUCAAGGGUCUUUGCCUCAAAGGUGAGAUCCAUAAAGCAUUGAACUUUCAUGACAACGUGGUAGCACAGGGAUUUCAGUUGAAUCAAGUUAGUUACGGGACCUUAAUCAAUGGGUUAUGUAAAGUAGGAGAAACAAGUGCAGCCUUGCAGUUGUUGAGACGAGUUGAUGGGAAACUGGUUCGACCUAAUGUGGUAAUGUACAAUGCAAUUAUUGACAGUAUGUGCAAAGAUAAACUUGUUGAUGAUGCUUUUGAUUUAUAUUCUGAAAUGGUCGCUAAGAGAAUUUAUCCCGAUGUUGUCACUUAUAGUACUUUAAUUAGUGGCAUUUGCAUUGUCGGUAAAUUGAAAGAAGCAAUUGAUUUGUUUAAUAAAAUGAUAUUGGAAAACAUCAACCCUAAUGUGUUUACCUUCAAUAUAUUGGUUGAUGCAUUUUGUAAGGAAGGAAUAGUGAAAGAAGCUAAUAAUGUGUUUGCUAUGAUGAUUAGAAAAGGUGUUAAACCUAAUGUUGUUACAUAUAACUCUUUAAUGGAUGGAUAUUGCUUAGUUAAACAAGUGAACAAGGCCAAGGGUAUAUUCAAUAUCAUGGCCCAAAGUGGAGUGACUCCUGAAGUUCGGAGCUAUAAUAUUAUGAUUAAUGGAUUUUGUAAGGUUAAAAUGGUGGAUGAAGCCUUAAUUCUCUUCAAAGAAAUGCGUUGUAGAAACAUUAUUCCUAAUGUGAUAGCUUACAAUUCCCUUAUUGAUGGUUUGGGCAAAUCAGGGAGAAUCUCACAUGCUUUGAAGCUUGUUGAUGAGAUGCAUGAUAGAGGUCAACCACCUAAUAUAGUUACCUACAAUUCUAUAUUUAAUGCUUUAUGCAAAAACCAUCAUAUUGAAAAGGCAAUUGCAUUAUUAACAAAAGUUAAGGACGAGGGCAUUCAACCAAAUAUGAACACAUAUACUAUUCUUAUUCACGGAUUGUGUAAAGUUGGAAGAGUAGACGACGCGAGAAAUGUUUUUGAAGAUCUUUCAGUCAAAGGCUACAAUCUAAAUGUUUAUACAUAUACUGUUAUGAUCCAAGGGUUUUGCGACAAGGGCUUGUUUGAUGAAGCGUUGGCCUUGCUAUCAAAAAUGAAAGACAAUAGUUGCAUUCCAGACGCUGCAACUUAUGAAAUAAUUAUCCGUUCUCUGUUUAAUAAAGGUGAAAAUGAUAAGGCAGAGAAACUUCUACGUGAAAUUAUCGCAAAAGGUCUAUUGUAAGAUUGAAACUAGAUACAUGUGCAAUGGCAGCUGGCAAACCUCAGGGUCUAUCUCACGACCAAUAUAUCACAGUUAGUUUCUCGCACCGGAUGAGUGGAACUUUGGUAAAUGUGGAGGAAUCGUUGGUGGAGUUAUCACCCAUAAGCGUUGGUGGUUGAAAAACAUGCAAAGAGGGUCAGUCGCCUAGUGGUGGGAAAUAUAGAGACGAUCGCGACCAGCAGUGAGAUAUGGCAAAAAAGCACGGAAAAAUAGAUCAGAGCAUGUGCGUGGGUCUCAUGCAUCAGGAUGUUAGACGCGUGUGGGGGCACGUGCAGCAGUGUUUGGUGGCGAAACUUCAUUGAGGUGGUCGCCGGUGAGUUGCAAACCAAGUGGUGGUGGUCACACCGGAGAGAGGAUAAAUGAUGGCAGAGAAACGUGGGACUAAGUGGCAGAGGGUACUGUUCAACCGUGGAGACAAGGCUAUUGAGACAGUUUCAAAGGACUGAAAAAACCUAAAAUUGAUACCAUGCAUAUAAAAGAUGCAUUUUUCUGUAUAAUGUUUUUGUGUCAAUGACAAUUCAAUAGACAAUGACAAUUCAAUAAUGCUACAACAAAUCUACGAGCCUUUGUUGUUGGUGUUUACUUGUAGAUUUGCAUUUUGAUAUCCAAAGUUUGAUCCCAAGACGGAAGCAUGGCAAAGUGGUCAAAAAUCAAAAUCGUAUAGUUGUGGUUUUACUUGUAGAUUUGCAUUUUGAUAUGCAAACAGAACAUCCUCCAUUGUAGUAAAAUUAUGGUUUACAUAAACUCCAGUCCAUUUUAUCGUUCUUGAACAAACGGAAUCUUGUGGUAUUACAAAUAAGACCUCUGCUUUAUUCCAUGAAUUAUGUGAAAU